AUGUUUGUGAUUUGGGAAUUCAUGCGAACCUCAUGGUGCUACAUACAUAUGAACAACUCAAAAGUCUUGCCUAUUCAGGUGCUGCAAAUUAGAAGUUCUGGCGACUAUGAUGAUGAAGUGGAGUGUAGCCACGGCACUACCAAGCUCCAAAUAGUGAAAGAGCGCGUCACUCUCCCAACAACAAACACCGUAUUUGUUCUUUGCAUAUAUUUUUGCUUGGUCAUACCUUAUCCACUUUCGCUAACACUGCAAUAUGGCGGGGAACCGACAAACCCCGUCCUAUGCAGACUUUCGAGCGAACAGCAAUGCUCGAUUUGCACCGAAGAGUACGACAGCGGCCCGCAUAAAGCCACCCGUAUAUCCCUACCUGAAUGCAACCACGUUUUCUGCUUGCUCUGUCUUAACGAUAUGUUCUCCCACCGCCGCGAUCUGCUUUGCAUGAAUCUCUGCCCAUUGUGCCGUACCGUUUGGUUUCUCUCCGAGUGUCCCGAAGAGAUUGAGAGGCUGGAACGGGAACUGCAGCGGUAUCUCCGCUUAGGCGGUAUUCACGUCACUUACACCAAGACUCUCCAGGAGCGCCGCACCUUGUCGGGCAAGCCUUUCCAGCCACCACGAGAUGUUGUUGGACUGGAUCAAGCAGGAAGGAAUCCCUUUGAACCUUUUGGCCGCUUACUAGAGUUACCGAGUCAACUGCCAUUCGAAACCGACAGCUACACUGAAGGUGACCCGAUUCCUGAUAUUCAUCAAGAAAACCUCCUCGGGGUGCUCAGGCGUCGUUCGCACAGAACGCAACGCCGAGGCCGUCAGUUGGUACCAACGGUGCCUGCCCCAAACUCAGUGGCAAACAACGGAGCCUCAGCAUCAAGCGAUAAUAUGAGGCAAUUGGGAAUUCCUAAUGAACAACCACCUUCCCAAUCCUCAUCUCCACGCCUACCUGUAACGCCUCAUCCGGACGGUGGUUCUGGUCAUGAUGACGACAGAUCUAGCGAGCAAUGUUCUAGUGAAGUUCCAAUUCAGCGCCCAGGGGCCUUCAAUUCCUUGAACUCCAGGCCGAGGCGAGCCAGCCCCUCUUAUGGUCCGACCGAUAACGGACUCUCAGGACUUUCACCGCCAAACAGACGCAUACCAGGAGAGCCGACGUCACCUGCUCCACACCUUACGGGAAGGCGCAGACCACCUCAACUUCUCCCAUUUCACACCAACCCUCCCUUCCCUUCAUAUCCCUCCAUAUUUAUUGGUAUCGAAGGUCGCACUCGCCCUGUCCAAAAUCCCAGUGGCAGCCAACCGCCCCGAUCCUCGCGGUACAGACUUGAGCCUUGGCAGCUCUCUCCUUUCACCCACCCUACUCGGGUUCAGGAGUUCCAGCAAAUGGUCCAACAACGUGAACAGGCCAUGGACCAACGCCAACAGGGGCUCCAACAACGUGAGCAACAACUCCAACAGAGUGAGCAGCAUCUCCAACAGCGCGAGCAGCAACUCCGACAGAGGGAACAGCAACUUCAGCGAGAUGUGGAAGAGCAACGCUUGGAACACACGCGCGCAAACACGGACAUGAACGAGAGAGGGGCUAGGAUAGACGCGCGAGAGACCGUAAUUGAAAAACGAUUGCAAGCACUGACUCAAAGUGACGACGAGGUGAAUCAGCGCGAGGCUUCGCAACUGAUUAAUGGGCCACAUAGACUCUGGCCGUUUUAUUCAGUAGUAAUCUUCUCGCAACGGCAUCCUGCGCUUUAUCAGUCCCAAUACAUAUAUACACUAGGACAAAAGCCUGUUAACCUAAACUGUGCCCCGCACUAA